CCCAGCUACCAAACGUCUUCUCAGCUGUUUUUGAACUUGAUGAUGAUAUCAAAAAUGUCCAAGUUCUUCCUGACUUGGUGGCUAACCCAGCAGGUGACUGGCCUGGCAGGGUCUUCCAUGCUAGACAUGGCUCCCAAUGCAUUUGAUGAUCAGUAUGAGGGCUGUGUUGAAGACAUGGAGAAAAGGGCACCCCAGCUGUUACAAGAAGACUUCAACAUGAAUGAGGAAUUAAAACUUGAGUGGGAAAAAGCAGAGACACGAUGGGAGGAGAUAAAAAAUAGUACGAGUUAUCCCGAAGGGUUCCAUGAUUUCCAUGGAACAGCUUUUUUAGCCUACACUGGGAACCUCGCUAUAGAUUUUAACAGAGCUGCUAGAGAAUUCAAGAAAAACCCUGGUAACUUCCACUACAAGGCCUUCCAUUACUACUUAACAAGAGCUCUUCAGCUUUUGAGUGACCAGGGUUGCCAUCUAGUUUACCGAGGCUCUAAGACUAAGUUUCGUUAUUCUGGGACAGGCUCUGUGCGGUUUGGGCAGUUCAGUUCUUCAUCUUUAACAAAGAGGGUAGCUCUUUCUCCAGACUUUUUCAGUAAUCAUGGGACACUCUUUAUCAUCAGGACCUGCUUGGGGGUUAAUAUCAAGGAAUUCUCCUCAUUCCCUCGUGAAGAGGAGGUGUUAAUUCCAGGCUAUGAAGUAUAUCACAAAGUCACAACACAAAAUGAUAAAGGGUUUAACGAAGUAUUUCUGGACUCCCCAGAAAGGAAGAAGAGUAACUUCAAUUGCUUCUAUAAUGGUUCUACUCAAAUAGGCAACAUUGAUUUCAGCAUAUCAGGAUUCAGAGAGAGCUGUGUAUCCCGGUUCCCUGUGGUUCUCCUCGGUCUUCUGGUCCAGCAGCUUGCUCUUGCUGAGCUGUAG